AUGAACUUCUCCGUGGACGACCCUGAAUUUGCCGAAAUCAUGCAGCAAGCCGAACGAGCCAUCGAAAGCGAAGUCUUUCCAGAAAGAAUCUCCCAAGGCUCCAGCGGAAGCUACUUCGUCAAAGACUCUAAGAGAAAAAGUAUCGGAGUAUUUAAGCCCAAAUCCGAAGAGCCUUACGGUCACCUCAAUCCAAAAUGGACCAAAUAUUUCCACAAACUCUGUUGCCCUUGCUGUUUUGGCAGGGGCUGUCUUGUUCCUAAUCAGGGAUAUCUCUCUGAAGCUGGUGCCUAUCUGGUGGACAGUAAACUAGGAUUAGGAGUGGUACCCAAAACAAAGGUGGUCGGCUUUGUUAGCGAGACGUUCAACUACAGCGCCAUCGAUCGUGCCAAAUCCAGGGGCAAGAAAUACGCUUUGGAAAAAGUGCCCAAAGUUGGCAAAAAGUUUCACCGAAUUGGACUACCUCCUAAGGUUGGCUCCUUUCAGCUCUUCGUGGAAGGGUACAAAGAGGCCGACCAUUGGCUCAGGAAAUUCGAAACCGACCCCCUGCCCGAGAACACAAGGAAACAGUUCCAGUCACAGUUUGAAAAACUGGUCGUGCUUGAUUAUGUUAUCAGAAAUACUGACAGAGGCAACGAUAACUGGUUAGUCAAGUAUGAGAAACAGAGCGAUGGGACGGAUCUUCCUGAGAAGGAGAUCCAGUGGAUUGAUGAAAAGGAGCCCAUUAUUAAGAUUGCGGCCAUUGAUAAUGGUCUUGCUUUCCCUUUCAAGCAUCCCGAUGAGUGGAGAGCGUAUCCAUUCCACUGGGCUUGGCUUCCACAAGCAAAGGUCCCUUUUUCUCAAGAGACGAGAGACUUGAUUCUCCCUCGUAUUUCUGACAUGAAUUUUGUGCAGGAUCUCUCUGAAGACCUUUACGAACUCUUUAAGACUGACAAAGGGUUUGACAAAGGCACAUUUGAGAACCAAAUGUCUGUGAUGAGAGGACAGAUACUUAAUCUUACUCAGGCCUUGAAGGAUGGAAGAAGCCCCCUCCAGCUGGUCCAGAUGCCCCGGGUGGUUGUGGAGAGGAGCCAGGGUGGGACUCAAGGAAGGAUCGUUCACUUGAGCAAUGCAUUUACUCAGACUUUUCACAGCCGGAAGCCUUUUUUCUCCUCUUGGUAAAAGACAAGCAAAGACCUUCACUUUAGCAAGACCUUCCACUAACUACGUAAAGAUUCCCCCCCA